CAAAAAAAAGAGAUGCAAAUAUUAUCCUGAAUGGGAUAGAAAGGGAUGGACUGUUAAACGUCUACAACUUCAGAGCGAUCGUUAUUUCAGUGAGAAUAAUUAAAAAUUAAAUGUGGUUUAAAAAAUAUAAUUCGAGACACACGCACACAUGAAUAUAAUUUUAUUGUUGCAUAAUAAUAUUCUGAUAACAUAUCUUUGAGAUUAUAGGAUACGACGUUCCACCUCCAUUAAUAGCAGAAAAUAUUGUGUUAUGAAAUACGUGUAUUGUGAACGAAUGUCAGUUUGCACCUUUUGAUUAGCCAGGUUUAGUCAUUCAGUAUUAAAAUGGAGGUCCAAGAAUUUCCCGUAGAAGCAGAAUACACGAAAGGCACUGGUGUCACUCCUGAUGAUGUAGCCAAGAUUCGGAAGUGGUUGCAAACUCAACCGCAUCUACCAGAAAAAUAUAUUACAGAUUUAGACAUCAUCCAUGCGUAUUACAGUUGCAACAAUAGCAUUGAAGUCGCCAAACAAUUAAUGGAUCUAAAUUAUUCUUUACGAACUCUCUUCACGUCGUAUUUCAAGGAUCUUGUAUUUGACUCUAAAAUGGAGGGGAUUUUACAAAGACAGUUAUUCGUGUUCCUCCCUGGAAAAUCAAGAGACGGUAAUACAAUUUUGUACACUCAUGGAUUGAAUACUGACCCAAGUUUAUUUGAUGUCGCUGACUGUAUGAAGGUAUUCUUCUUAACUAUAGACUUCUGGCAAUACGAAUGUGGAACAGCCCCAGGCCUGGAGCUGGUGGUCAACUUCGAAAACUACAACAUGAGCCAUGCGCCGAAAAUGGACCUUAAAAACUUACAGCAGUUCUUGUAUUAUGUACAGAAAGCAAUACCAAUAAAAUUGAAGAUGAUACACUUACUGAAUUCGCCUCCAUUCAUCGAGAAGCUGAUGAAUGUGAUGAAGCCAUUUAUAGCAAAUGAACUAAUGGAUAUUGUUCUACCACACUCUGAGGGAUUUAAGACUUUAAAAGAAUAUAUUCCAAUUGAAGCCUUUCCGAAGGAAGUUGGGGGAAAUAAUAAGCCGCUAGAUGAAUUACUUGAUGAUGUAUUAAAUAAGUUGCGAGCGAACAAAGCUUUCUUCGAAAAUGAAAAUAAGAAGAGAGUGGUGGAGUCCCUGAGGCCUGGCAAACCGAAAACUUACACAGAUAUAUUUGGGGGUGUAGAAGGGUCCUUUAAAAAACUAGACAUUGAUUAGUAAAUUAUUUAUAACACUGA